AUGCAUAAGGUGUUCUCUGUCCAGGGCCCCUACCCUGUCAUCAGGACAGCGCUGAGGGCCAGAGGCUGGGUGGAGCAGCGUUUGCACUGCCCAAAGCCCCCCGUUCACCAUCGUCACAGCGAGGAGGGCAGCCCUAAAGAUUCUGCUGACAGCGAUGAAGAUGACGACAAUGUCAACAAAGAGCCGGACCCUGAUGGAAUAUAUGAUAUCAUGUCUCGCCUGGUGCGGAAUGAAAUGGUUUAUUUCUAUUGGACGAUGCGUAGAGACGCCAUCAACCCCAACAGCUUGCAAAAAGAACAGAUUAUCAAUCAUUUUGCAAAAGCAGGCAGCUUCACCACCAAGUCGGGGCUGUGUGUGAACCUGAGGAAGCUGCACUGGUUUGACGCCGCUGACCCGGACACCUUCUUUCCACGCUGUUACAGACUGGCAGCACAGGAUGAAAAGCAUUCGUUCAUUGAGGACUACAGGAGGACAGCCUGCACCAGUUUUUUGAAGUACAUUGUGGAGAGGGAGGAAGGCGUUCAGACAGAAGGAACGAGCCACAACACUCGGGCUGCGAGGAAACGAAGCAAACAGCGAUCAAGACCAAUGGACCUUUCCAAAAUGAUUACCAGCGCUCUCAAAGUAUGCCAGGAGUUUCUGGAGAGUCUGGAGCAUCGUGACAUAGACAGAAACCUAGAGACCCCACUUACAGAGGAGCAGUGGGAAGAGUUUAUCCACAGUUACCAACUUGUUGUUCAUGGAGGGGAAAAGAUCGAGAACAGUGAUAUUUUUGUGCACUGCUGCAAAGCCAUGCUAGAGAGGCUGGUGGAGGUCAGUCCACAGCUGGACAUCGACGGCAUACACAACAUCUGGAUCAUCAAACCGGGAGCCAUGUCCAGGGGCAGAGGCAUCAAAUGUGCCAAGCAUCUGGAUCAGAUCCUCCAGCUGGUGGAUGGAGAUUCAACCCUAAUCAAGGAAAGCAAGUGGGUGGUGCAGAAGUACCUGGAGCGCCCCCUGCUGGUCCAUGGCACCAAGUUUGACCUGCGCCAAUGGUUCCUGGUCACCGACUGGAACCCUCUGACUGUGUGGUUCUACAAAAAGUGCUACGUGCGCUUCUCUACGCAGCCUUACUCGCUCAAUACAAUGGACAACUCUGUCCACCUGUGCAAUAACUCCAUCCAAAAGCACCUGAUACCCUCCCAGCAGCGCCACCACGGUAUCCCAGCAGACAACAUGUGGUCUGACGAUCAGUUCAGGACCUUCCUGUGCAGCCAGGGGAGGGGAGCUCAGUGGCAGACGGUGGUGGUCCCCGGGAUGAAGAAGGCUGUGAUCCACGCUUUACAGACAACACAGGAUCUGAUGGAGUCACGCAAAAACACCUUCGAGCUGUACGGUGCUGACUUCAUGCUAGGCCAUGACCUGCGCCCCUGGUUGAUAGAACUCAAUGCCAGUCCCACGAUGGCUCACUCCACCCCGGUGACGGCUCGCCUCUGUUCUGCUGUGCAGGAAGACACAAUACGAGUCGUCCUGGACCGGAGAGCGGACCGCACUGCAAACACCGGGGACUUCCAGCUCAUAUACAAGCAGGCAGCAGUAGACGUGCCACAGUAUGUAGGAGUCAACCUGCUUGUUGAGGGCAACAAGAUCAGGUCUCCCUGCACACUUCCUCCACUGAACCGUCCAGGAUUAAAACGCCGCAGCAGAGACAAGGAGCCUGUGGUAGAAAAAGUCAAGCCUCUACCUAAGAUGUUGUUGAAGAAUCAGUUCAAAAACAUCAGCAGUGGGAUUUCUACUCCACCUCGUACUACUCUUCCUCCUGAUCCGCCUGUGCCUGUCGCUAAUAAAGGCUUCCCAGUUCAGCUGCCAAUGACCGUGAGGACCAUCCAACUGCCCGUUAAUAUACAGUCUCGCUCUGUCCUUUUGUGGAAGAGGAAACGAGUGGUUCAAAAAGUCUGUUCACAGAAAUUCCAACCCUGUACAUUAAACAACGGCCGGGGUCUUUCUUUAUCUUUAGAGAUUAUUCCAAAACAGCCCAGGCAAACAGCCACCAGCUCCUCGAGUGCAUGAAAAAACUUGACCAAAUAAUUCACACACUCCUACAGCUUCCACUUUCUUUUUGCAGGGUUGUAUG